AUGGGGCUUUGUGGAUACGUCGAUGAAUCACUAAUGAACGAUGACCUGCAACAGAUAGAUAUCGGCACACAAGUUUUUGCAGGCGUAGGUUGCAAAAGACUCGGUUCGGUCAGUUUUAUCGGACCCACACAAUUUGCCGAGGGGGAAUGGAUAGGCGUUACUUUAGAUGUCCCUAGUGGCAAAAAUGACGGUUCAGUCAAUGGCGUACGUUAUUUUCAAUGCGAGCCCUUUUAUGGACUAUUUUCCCGCCGAAAUAACUUGAGGAUUCCCACUCCAGAUGAGCUUGCUCAGUUCCAUGCUGUCAAACAGACUAACACAUCUGGCCUAGACAUGGAUUCUUGUGCUAUGUUUAACUCAGUGGCUUCUACCGCCUCAACU